CAACCGCCGUUUACUUCUGACGCACCGUUAACGAUGCGUUGCGGUCGGCCACCGCGAUACGUUCGGAAACUUCCACUUCGGCGUCAAAAUCGAAAACCCUCGGCUGAGGAUUCACGAACGUUUGCGCUUUCCCACCCGAUUCGGAGGAUCUUCAGAGCUCGGGUGCGCAUUCUAGGGUUUCUUGAUGAUGGAGAGCGCCGGUGAAGUCGGUCCGAGGAGGAGGCGGUGGAGCUGGGCCGUGGGGGCGCUGAUUGCCGUCCUCCUCGCCACCGCUGCGACCUCCAGGAAUUCCCCUAAGAGCCCCCUUUUCGGGAUCACCAACAAGCUUUGCCCGUGCACCGGUUCGAGGAAGUACACAGGCAUCGUGGAAGAUUGUUGUUGUGAGUACGAAACCGUGGAUGCUCUUAACAAGGAAGUGUUGCAUCCCAUACUACAGGAGCUUGUCACUACCCCAUUCUUUCGAUAUUUUAGGGUCAAGUUAUGGUGCGAUUGCCCAUUCUGGCCUGAUGAUGGCAUGUGCCGUCUUCGGGAUUGCAGUGUCUGUGAGUGUCCAGAAAGCGAGUUUCCAGAACCUUUCAAGAAACCUUUUCAUGGACUUUCUGCUGAUGAUCUAAAAUGUCAAGAAGGAAAACCACAGGCUACUGUUGAUCGCACACUAGAUACUAAAGUUUUCAGAGGGUGGAUUGAAGUUGACAAUCCAUGGACCUAUGAUGAUGAGACUGAUAAUGCUGAGAUGACAUAUGUUAACCUUCAGCUAAAUCCUGAACGCUACACUGGCUACGCUGGUCCUUCGGCCAGGCGGAUAUGGGAAGCCAUUUAUGCAGAAAAUUGCCCAAAAGAUCCAUCUGGAGAAUUCUGCCAGGAGAAAAGAGUCUUGUACAAGCUGAUUUCAGGAUUGCAUUCCUCCAUCUCAAUUCACAUAGCUUCUGACUAUCUUCUUGAUGAAACCGACAACUUGUGGGGUGAAAAUCUUGAGUUGUUGUAUGAUCGUGUAUUAAGACACCCAGAACGUGUGAGAAACUUAUACUUCACCUUCCUGUUUGUUCUUCGGGCAGUGACAAAGGCUGCAGAUUAUCUAGAACAGGCUGAAUAUAACACAGGCAACAUGGAAGAAGACCUUAAAACACAAUCAUUAGUGAGGCAACUGGUCUACAACCCCCAAUUACAAAUUGUUUGCCCACUACCAUUUGAUGAGGCUAAACUAUGGCAAGGUGAAAGUGGACCUGAACUAAAGCAACAGAUUCAGCGGCAGUUCAGAAACAUUAGUGCAUUGAUGGAUUGUGUUGGAUGUGAGAAAUGCCGCCUUUGGGGAAAGCUUCAGGUUCUUGGUCUCGGCACAGCUUUAAAGAUUCUGUUUUCUGUGGAUAAUGAUAACCUCAUUAAUCAGCAGCUCCAGCUUCAUCGAAAUGAAGUUAUUGCUUUGGCAAACCUUUUAAAUAGGCUUUCGGAAUCUGUUAAAUUUGUCCAUGAGAAGGGGCCAUAUGUUGAGAGAAUCAUGGAGAAAAAGAUUUCUUCAUAUACCAGCAAGAGUAGCUAGUGGGUGACAAUAACCAAGAACUCUUGUAAGCAUUGCAGUGGUAGUGAUGCUGAGCAUCCUAUCAAUCAAUUCUGAGGUAAUAUGGGGAGAUCAAGGACUUCAUGGCGUUGAAAGAAACGAAGAUGCAAAAAUUUUCCAUACAAGGCUGAGUGCUAGCAUUCAAGACCAAGGCAUCUCAACUAAGAACAAUAUUGCUGCCAAGCUUCAGAUGUAUUCACCAGCUAAGUUGAAGUGCUUAUGCUGCAUACAAACUAAUUGUUACAAAUUACUUGCCGAAAUAUUCAUUUCUAUAUGUUUCUAAACCUGCAAAGAGCAAUUCCUGUAUAAUUGAGAUAUUGCUGAUUGCACACCAUACAUGAUUAUUUGGGAAUUGCCAUUUUCCGUUUCAAGUUGGGUUUAGAUGAGUAAAAGGGUUUAGUAGUGAUGUUUCCACUGCUAAAUGUUUACCUUGAGAUGAUUUGAAUAGCUAAAUUCAACUUUCAUGGUUACAAAAGGAAGUCUUUGAUCGGUACCAAAUCCAACACACCAAUAUAUAAAGAUUUCUCCACAAUAGCUAAACUCGAUAGCAAUCUUAAGUUUCUAAGAUUUAUCUUGUGAUAGCUUCAGACACAAGACUUGCAGGUUUGACAAGGAUCAACCCAUGCAUUCAAACUUUUACAACCUAAAUUGCAAAUAAGCAAUGAAGUGAUGCUACAGCCUGCCCUCUUGGUUAAAAGUAAUAUUGCUGGACUCCAUUCUGGAAUUACCCUUCAUGUUUGAGUCUAGAGAGCAAGGUGAAUGGACCAAGCUCAAUCUUAUCCUAAAAUCAUGCUUAGUGUAAGCGUCACUAUUUGUCGAACUUUGGUGUCCAUAUCCUAAAGUCAAUUUGCAAAAGGUCUAGCCCAGCCCGUAUUGUUGAUGUAUAUAUAAUUAAGCUUAAUUCUGUCAAUCACUUGGGUAAGCAUGAAUAUAUACUAGGAAAGUUGAAAGGCCACACCCCAGCCUUCCUUUAGUUGAAGUUAAGACCGGUACUGGAAUACAAUUUCACAUUCAUACAGAUGGGCAUACAACCAUCACAUAACCAAAUAUUAUCCAACUUGUCUUCCUGUUCCAUCAGAGCAAAAUAUUUCAGAUUAUCUGAAUGUUUCUUAUGCUUGUGCUGAGGAUGAACAGUAUUUGAGCUAUAUGAUUUUGACAGCUUUUUCAUGCAUGAAACAUUGAUUAACCAUAUAUAGGUGACAAAAAGUGAGAUUGUCAAGGAGUGAAGGGGGGAAAAAUGGGCAUGGAUUCACUCAUGCUAAUUUUCCAAGACCAGAUGCUUGAAUGAAGGAGUAGCUAGAUGAACAGAGAGGAUGGGAAAUAGAGUCCAUUUUUUUCCAUGUAUUUGACCCCUCCAGCUGUUCUUGUUUUCAGAGAGAAAUGUGGUCAGGUCAGAGUUGUUACUCUUGCAGUCAUGAAGGAAGCAAGGAGGAAAUGAACUCUUUGUUUGUCUCAAAAUGAAUGGACUCCCCCCAUCGAUGAAAGUGCUGUUGCACCGUGGGAUGGAAGACAAUUAAGUUUCCCAACUUGGUACUUGGACCUGCACUGAUGAUGCUGACCAUUCUCAAACACAGGAAGAGUGUUAUAUUUAUGACCCAGAAGUUGGCUUCCAGGAAACUUAAUGGCACACCAUGGGAAGUUACAGUUGUCAGACAGCUAUCUGUCCAUUGCAUAGUUGGGAUAUAUGUAAUCCAAGUAAAACUGCCCUGCAUACAACUCACUUCCUUUAUCAAGAAAGAUGUUCUUGUUUCA